AAGUACAGGGCGCAAGUCUUGGAACCUGGAAGUCAAGCGAAAAUUGUGUUAUUUACUUGCUUUACGUUAUAGUUACAACGAAAAACAUUAAUUGUCGUGUUGAUUUCAUCUUUAUGUAUCUGCACAUUCGUGCUAAAAAACAUCUGAUUCUGUAAGACGCACCAAUUCGUCCAUAAAUGGUCGGAUUUUGUUCAGAAAUUUGACAGGGAAAAAACAAGAUGGCGACUGCUGGAGGGGGGAGUUUGAGCAGAAUCAUCAAUGGGAUUUCCUCAAUGUACCCAGGCAGCAGCUCCUCCUCAAAUUCUAGUCUGCCUAAUGGAGGACCCCUGAUCAUGUCGGAGGCGGCUAUCGGUGAUGUCAGGAGAAUGGAGCAGGGGAUGGUCAUGACGAAGUUCUUUCCGAAGAGGCCAGAAAGGAGGAUGUUCCAAGUGAAAAUGGAGACACGGCAACUUGUUUGGUAUCGUGUGCAGGGUAACAGGCCAGAGGGUGCUGUUGACCUGCGAGAAGUAAAAGAAAUUCGCCCAUCAAAGAAUUCGAGGGAUUUUGAAAAGUGGCCAGAUGAAGCGAAGAAAAUUGAUGCAGGCUUAUGCUUUGUGAUAUUCAGUGGCAGUGAGUUUAGACUCAAGACACUAUCUCUUGUUGCGACUGACGCCCAUGAGUACAGAAUCUGGCUGAAUGGCCUGGAGUACCUCGUGAAAGAUACUCAGUCGUCAAGUUACGUGCUUCAGGUGGAUCGCUGGUUAUGGAAGGAAUUCAACUCAAUGGAGCGCUCAAACAGUAAGAAGCAUGAAAAAGAGCUAAGCGUGACGAUGAAGGACAUCAAGUCCUGGCUUCCCAAGGUGAAUUGCAAGAUGUCAAAUAAUCGGCUGAGGGAGCGCUACCAAGAGAUCGAUCAUAAGAUGAAGGGGAUAGGAUUCAAUGAGUUCUCGAAAUUCUACCAUAACAUCAUGUUUAUGGACUCGAUCUUCAAGGACUACUUUGAUUGUUAUUCAGGAAAUGGAGAAAGGAUAACGCCAGAGGAGUUCCAGACGUUUCUCAACAAGGAACAGAAGGACCCAAUUGGAAGUGACAUGGCAGAAGUGCAGAGACUAAUGACAUGUUAUCUUGACGACCCAACCAGGAAGGCCAACCCAUACUUCACAGUUCAGGAGUUCCUUGAGUUCCUCUUCUCCCACCACAACUCAGUUUGGGAUGAUCGAUGCAGCAAGGUCUUUCAGGAUCUCGACCGCCCCAUGUCUCAUUACUGGAUUGCAUCCUCCCAUAACACAUAUUUGACCGGGGAUCAACUGUCGAGUGAGUCCUCCUGUGAAGCGUACGCCAGGGUCCUGAGGGAGGGUUGCAGGUGUAUCGAAUUGGAUUGUUGGGACGGUCCUGAUCAGAUGCCCUACAUAUAUCAUGGUCAUACUCUUACGUCGAAAAUCAAGUUUUUAGAUGUCCUCAAUACAAUCAAGCUGCACUGCUGGGUGAAAUCGGAUUUACCUCUGGUGUUGUCCAUCGAGAACCACUGUAGCCUUAUGCAACAGAGAAACAUGGCAAAGGCGUUCAAAGAGGUGUUCGGAGACGAGCUGGUUGUUGAGCCAGUAGACAAAGAUGCCAUCCAUCUGCCCUCACCCAAUCAACUCCGAAGGAAAAUAAUACUCAAGCAUAAGAAGUUACCUGAAGGAAUGGAUGAGAACAAAUUUAGUUUCACAGAGGAGGGACAGGAGAAUGACAUCAGUGCCAACUGUGUGAAGUAUGGAUUCCUCUACCUCCAGGACCCAAUUAAUCACACGUGGCACCCGCAUUAUUUUGGCCUGACAGAGACUCAGCUCCACUACACUGGUGAAGCCAACACAGAGGAUGCCGAAGAGGAGGAGCAGGAAGAAGGCCCCGAGCUUAAUGGCAUUGCUGAGGAUGUCCCGAAUGACGAGUUACACUUUGGUGAGCAAUGGUUCCACGGGCGUCUGGAUGGCAGACGGAAGCGGGCAGAGGAACUGCUCAAACAAUAUUCGUAUCUCGGCGAUGGUACCUUCCUUGUACGCGAUAGUGAAACUUUUGUGGGCGAUUUUUCUCUGUCAUUUUGGCGCCAAGGCCAAGUGUGUCAUUGCCGAAUCAAGUCGCACCAGGAGCGGGGCCAGACGCGCUACAGCCUCAUCCAGAACCUCUCAUUCGACUCGCUGUACAGCUUAAUCAACCACCAUCGCCAAAACCCACUUCGCAGUCAAGAAUUCCAGAUCACGUUAACGGAACCAGUGCCACAGGAACACAGCCACGAGGGGCGCAGUUGGUAUCACGACAACCUCAGCCGGAUGGAGGCCGAGUACAUGUUGAGCUGCAUCCCACAAGAUGGCGCCUUCCUAGUGAGACGGCGGCUGCUCCACCAUACCACUGACACUGAUCCAUCCCAAUAUGCUAUCUCAUUCAGGGCUGAAGCAAAAGUGAAACAUUGUAAAAUCCGUCAAGAGGGUCGAUUAUACCUGAUCGGCACCGCUCAGUUUGAAAGUCUAGUUGAACUUGUGACGUAUUUUGAAAAACAUCCUCUCUACAAGAAGAUGAAGCUAAAAUAUCCGGCAAACAGGGAACUUGUUCAAAGGUUCGGGUUCGGUCCCGACCCGAACGCGUUUUAUGGCAAUGAAGAUCAGAAUCUUUACAGUGAGCCAAAUUCAUUCACGUCGAAGAUUCGGGUAAAAGCGAUUUAUGACUACAAGGCGAACCGAGAAGAUGAGUUGUCAUUCUGUAAACACGCCAUCAUUACCAAUGUGAAUAACAAGCAGGAUGGAGGAUGGUGGCGGGGUGACUACGGUGGGAAGAAAAGUCACUGGUUUCCGUCGAACUAUGUUGAAGUGAUAGAGACAGAUGACAACUCGGAUAACAUGCCAUUUGGUGCCAUGCAGAAAGGCACCAUUGAUAUUGCUGGAUGUUCUGUGGAGCGUGUUUUGUCGAAUAUUACCAGUCACGAGUAUGUGAUGAAGAUUCAGAGUGUGAUGUCAUCGAUACCGAUAGAGAUUGCCGCAGAGAAUGAAGCAGACUUAUACGAUUGGAUGAAGACAAUCAGAAAAUGUGCUGAUAUUGCAGACAGGAAGCACACUGAAGACUUGAAGCUUGAGCGGCAGAAUCGGAUAGCAAAGGAGUUCUCUGAUCUUAUUGUCUACUGCCGGGCGGUACCAUACAGUGACAAAAUAGCAGGAAGUUUCUACGAGAUGUCAUCAUUCCCUGAAACCAAGAUGGAGAAGCUCUGCUCGAGUUCGAAAGGUCGACGCUCAUUGACCAAGUACAACAAGAACCAGUUCAGCCGAGUCUACCCCAAGGGCCAGCGCUUCGACUCAUCCAAUUAUGACCCGCUGGCGAUGUGGAACUGUGCCUGUCAGAUGUUGGCUCUCAAUUAUCAGACGGCAGACAAGUCGAUGCAUCUGAACCAUGCGAGGUUUAUGGACAACGGUAACUGUGGCUUCGUCCUGCAGCCUGACUCAAUGUUUUAUGAGCAGUAUGAUCCAUCUGACAAGAGAACACUUGAGGGAGUUGAUCCGGUAUCCCUAACUGUUACUAUCAUUGGUGCUAGACAUUUGACGAAGACAGGCCGAGGUAUUGUGAGUCCAUUCGUCGAAGUGGAAGUGGUUGGUGCCGAUUACGAUAAUCAAAAUAAGUACAAGACAGGGACAAAAACUGACAACGGUUUCAAUCCAAUCUGGAAUGAAUCUUGUGAGUUUGACGUCCACAACCCCGACUUGGCCUUCCUCAGAUUCGUCGUCUAUGAUGAGGACAUGUUCAGCGAUCCCAACUUCAUCGGUCAGGCGACGUAUCCCAUCAAGUGUCUGAGAUCAGGUCAUCGUUCUGUCCCGCUGAAGAAUGGCUACAAUGAACCACUGGAGUUGUCUUCAUUGCUCAUCUACUUUGAGACAAGGAAUCCUAAGGAGGGUGCUGACAGUGAUAUUUACGCAUCGAUCAUGGAGCUUCGCGACCGCCAGGAGGAGUUGACCAUCGCCCUGGAGGUGAGUGAGCGCAGUGGUGAUAUAAACAAGGUCCACCAGGUCGAGAGAGAGAUCAACGCCAUGCAGCAAGAAAUCUUCGCCAAGAAUGAGGAGAGGAGGGAGAAAAGGACUGCAACGAAGGCCAGUGGGGGCAAAGCAAUGGCCACUCGGACACCAAGCAAGUAAACCAACGAGUGGCAAAAAAAGGUUAAGAUGUGCAGUAUGAACAUUCAACAUUUUGUAAAUAAUCAUUAUUGUUAUCCAAGAAAUUUGAUGUAUGACGAAGGACGGACUUCUUGUCAAUUCACUCAGAAGGGCUGCCACAGCAUAAAUUCAAAGUGCAAUCAUUGAAAGAAAUCGGCAUGGAUCACUCGGCAUUGAGGAACAAUUUUCUCUCGAAAAGGAAUAUUCAGCAUUUGCUGCUUGAAGUUACUUUGCUAUGUGUGUAUUAUUCUCCCAAGCAGAUAUUCAAAGGAUAUUCACUCUGCCGACACAGACUUGAUAGAUAUGUACUUCAGCAAGAAACCAGUUUAAAAAAUGGCUACUCAGGACUAACAUGUAACUCUCUCGCUACUAGAAAUUAUUUUUAGUGAAUUUCCCAUUUUCCCUGUUGGCCAAUUUUGCCCUUCGAAGCACAUGGUUUCAAAAUUGAUCGCAGGGCAACGGCGUAGCAGAUCUUAUGUCUAGCAGAUGAAAAUGUGGUAUUACCUAGUGGGUAUUCAGUAGGCUUUUUUCGAGUACUGACUGGUUUACAUGUGGUGACGUACACAAAUGCAGCGGGACAAAUUGGGCAAUUAGUCAUAGUGGAGGAGGGUUUGGCAAUAAACAUUGUAUUAAUCAGGACUUGAGCUCUAGAAUACUUCUUGUAAUCUUUGGUCAUACCCAAUACUUAAUCAAGAACAAACAUACAACACAGACUUGUAAGUUGAUUUAUUAAAAAAAGCCUGUUAUCUCAUAUUUUAACUAUGUGGUUUCGUAGACUAAUAUACGAAUACCACAAGUAGUACAUUGCGUCUUCAGACCAAAAUUCCAGUCUACAUGAGCGUGAGACUUUGCCCAUUAGACUGAAAUUUCCGGCUACAGUAGUGAAGUGGUUAAAAAUGCAUUAGAAAUAUUUUGAUAUUUUGGCUCAAAAAAUCAAGUAUCAUGAUGGCUUGAGCAAUUUUGGCUGACUGAGGAUUGAUUAUGACACAAUAUGCACAAAAAUAACUUCAUAAUAAGAAAGUGAUCUCAUCUCAGAAAUUUUAGUGUCUUGUUUUGCAACCAAACCCGUUAUAUUCUGGUAUUGGUUUACAUUAAUCAUGUUAAUCAUGUAACUACCUGUGCAAAAGUGCAGGCAUGGUAUAAUAAGAUUUUACACCAAAUAUAAGCUAACUAGAUUGUGUUCUUAAGACUGUGCUGAAUUUAAUCCAUACAUCUUGUCCCUAAAUUUCGUAACAAUACUAAAACAUUUCACAGUUAUUUUUUAGCUCAGCUGACAAAGUCAGCAGAGCUAGUCAAAUAGCUAUUCAAUUGGUGUCCGUCCUUCCAUCCAGCCAUCUGUAGACAAAGUUGGGCAUUUUGUAAUCAUACAACCGAGGCACUUCAAAUCUAGUCUUGCUUAUAAACACCGCAGAAAAUGUUGCUUACGGAAAAAAAUUUGGGCGAUUCGACUCAAAUUCAGCUCCCCAGGGGGCAAAAUGCGUAAAUGAAAAAACAAUUUUUUGACGCUCUAUUCCAGCAGAUAAAAGCUUAAAAUAAAGUUGAAAAGGUCUUCAUGAUACAGAAGUUUUGAUAUAAAAUAGAUUAGUGUCGAUUUAUAUCACCAGUUAGCGGUAGUGAGCAAAACUGUUGUUUGACCCCGGAUGACCCCGCUUUAAAUUUCCCGCCGAGGUUACCUGGAGAACUAUCAUCAAGAAAAUGGCGGCGACCUUUUUAUUUCUACCGGAGCGAUGAUUUGUAAGUGACAAAUUUUCUUAUUUAAGCCUUUACGGAAAUGUAUUUUGGUACGAAACUUCACACAUUUAUAGAAAAGAUCAACGAGAAUGUGUUCAAAUGCCCUCAUAACGAUGAGUUCAACGGAAUUUGGUCAAAACAACCUUCGAAUGGAGUCAACUUUCUUUGCGAAAUUGAAGCGACGACCUCAUUAUUUAUCGUAAUUUAUGCGGAUCUGAGUCCAGCUGAUGGGUGAUGUUCUGAUUUGUGUUCAAACUAUUGGAAACUUCGGAAAUUAGUUCUAUUAAUUCUACUAUUCUGCAGGAGUAUAUUAUAGCCAUUGAUGUUGACAGCUAAAAGCACGAAAACUUUGUUGUUGAUCGUCGGGGCGGAUUGAUAUGUGGUUGUGCGUCCAAGGCGAUUAGGUCAUUCAGUUAGUUUGAGAAAGAUCAUGAUCAUACAGAUGCGUGUUGUGUUAUCAUAACCGGAAAAUAAGUUGAAGUUAUUAUUAGUACUACGAUUCUUACAUGAGUAAAAAGUAGACGUUUUAAGCAACACAAUAAUGUUACUUCCGUAAAAAAAACUGUCAAAUCUCCUUACCACAGAAGCCAAGCCAUUGCCGUUGUAGUCAAGGAGGAUACCGCGGUGACGUCACGGCUUUUCCAAGAUGGCGCUGCAUAUUGUAAACAAACUCGAUCCACGGCCAAGGGAAAAUCAAGUCAUCAAAAAAGUUAGAUUUUUCGCAUCAAAUCAGAGUUAUUAGUACUUUUCUGCUAUGAAAUAAGUCUUCAGACAAUAAGCUAUCAUUUGAAUAAUGAAAAGUGCUGUUUUGAUGGGGAAAAAUAGGGUUUUUUAAACCAAAUAGCCGGGCACCGAUCUUCCAAAAUUAUCGAUGGUUUAAAACAGUCUCCCAGAUAUGGGGCAAUCUCAUCAUAAUGGGAUUUGGAGGCAUGUUUACAGAUUUUACAAGUUCGAGACCUGUAGGACCUAAAACUCCCAUAGAUCCCCAUAGAUCCCCUCUAUUUGUCGAGUUAGCGCCCCUAUAAGAUCAUGCAUUUUCGGACACUAGAACGAAAUCUUCCUGCGGAUAUCGCGGUUUCGGUGAUGAUUUAAGGAGAAAUUGACUGUUCUUAGAGUUGUAUGGGACAGAAAUGAGUUCAUACUUCAUGAAUACAUGAAUAUAUUAAGAUAUUGGCCGGCUUCUAAGUCAAAACAAUAACAAACUCAACUGCAUCUCUACUGUAUAUUGCGUAGUGCAUUGCCUAGUGUAUUUCGUAGUGUAUUUUAGCGGAGACAUUAUUUCCGCACUUUGGCCACGCCAAACGUCUUUUUUAUUCGUGGAAGUUAAUCUGCUCUGUAAAUAUUAUUUUACACAGGAAGAAUCCGUACUACUAGGUAUUGCAAUAUUUCAUGUCUAUUGGUGUUUUUCUGUACAUGAGCGCACCAGACAGUGAGACGUGGAGACGUGUUCAGUGCUGCUGCUGUCAGUAGACUGAAUCUGAUUGGCCAUAGCGAUCAGUAAUAUGGGUCGGGAUCACGUGAUGUGACGUCACCGCGGUAUCCUCCUUGCGUUGUAGUGUUAAGUUCUGCAGGGGCUUAAUCAAUUACCUGCACUCCCUGUGGGGUGAAUAACAUUACCUUUUGAACAGCUGGCUGUAGGGGGAUGAUUGGAACAGCCGGUAUACAUGCUGACCUGCUGAACCCAGGUUAAUGUUAUUUUCAAUCCGCGAUUGCAGGUCACCUGAUUUUCGAGAUUUCGCGGGAAAUGAAAUUGUAAACAAACGCAUGUGUGCAGUUCAAAUGUAAACACAAAUGUAUUUUUGGUACUUUUGGUUGCUGGACUUGGGUUUUCCCCGCAGUUAGGAGCUGGGGUCAAAUUGGUGGUCAAUUGUUUAUGGGUGCUGUUUUAGUCAGAGGUAGCCCUUGAUUAUGAAGGGAUUUUCAAAUUAAGGUGACCAUGGUCUUUUUAUGUGCUCACCACAGCUUUCAAUACUUGAUGUAUAUGAAGAGGUGUGCGGAACCUGACAUGGCCUUACCAAGGAGCUCCUCACGGUGCUGAACUUCUAGCUUGCCUGUCGACUAAGUGCCUUUUUGGCCGAGACAUUGCUACAUGUAGGAGGAGCACGCAUUUUAAAUUUAUAGUAGUGAUAGUACAGUUGGUUCGAGCCAUUUGGAAGCCGACAUGUGAAGGCCUAUCUCGGUUCUCCUUCUUCUCCGUAUAAAAAGGGGCAUAUUGCUGACUAAGGAACAAGGCAUAUUGACAUUGCCUCAUCAUCUUUAUCGGACCAAUUGAUAUACUUUUAUAUGCACGCAUACAUCACGCCAUUUCAGGGUCCGAGUCUGUAGACAAUUGGUUUGAUUAAUUUGUCUCUUUGAUAUUGCUCCUUUAUUGCAUUAGAUUUUCAUCGCAAUUCAAUCUAUUCAAGAUGUAGCCAAUUUGAACCUGUCUGCGCCAAGGAUAGAUCGACUCACUAGGGAUAUGCAGUAGAGCACAAUGUCAUGACACUUUGUAUUGUAAAUUCCAACCACCUGCAGGACAGGUCAAUUUCUCUCAAUAAAAUUAAUUGUGUUGACUCCUGUAAUCUUUACCUUAUUAAAAAAAGACAGUGGUGUUAGUCCCAAACUGGUAAUUUCUAUUUAUUUUGACCUCUGUUAAAUCAGGAUACCUCUCAAUUACAGACAGCAUUUUGUAUCCUUGUGCUGUACAACCCAGCCUGGACAUACCACAGUUGUCCAUGGAGAAGUCUCAUCCUCUCUGACACUUCUUUUCUGUAAAGCUACCGAUACAACAUACUGAACUAGGGAUAUAUUCCGUUGCCUCCUGUAAUAUUUACAUACCAUGGCUGAUUAGUUCAAUCAUAUUUCAUCCAGCUGGCAGCUCUGCAUUGGAAAUUUUAGUGGUAUAACGUGUUCUCUUGACCUUCAAACAGUAGUAUAAAGCCGAUAUUUACUACUUUACACUCUCAGUCCUAUGUUAUUAGGUCAUCCAGCUGAGCGCCAGGCCCUUGGGCCUCUUGUUUGCACUUUUUCCAGAUUUUUUGAGAUUAGGACAUGCGUUAUGGAUGUGAAUGAUCUCUUCUGAGGUGAAAUUGACAAGCCAUAGAUUUCGAUUUCAUUUCCUGGGUUGAGUUGAAAAAAAUGGUGCUUGAGGGGGCAAAAUUAUAGAUUAUUUGGACACAGUCUGUAUUUUAUCCCCGAUUAUAAAUUGUGCUAAAUGAGGCUAUUGUAUUUAACAUACAUGUAUUCUCUUUCCAGUAUAAGUGGUGACCUUUAUCACAGCAUAUCACCCCGAAGAAUCAGUUCCCCAACUUGUUGAUGUUCAAAAGAUUUUGGGAGGGUUUAUACAGAGAAGUUUUUUCCUUUCGUACUGGUAACUUUUGGAAGUUUUCUUGGGAAAUCACACUUGUUAAAACCAAUACCUCAAUACAUUUCAUGCUGUAGAAGUUAUCAAGUAGAGAUUAGAUUUAAUCCAUACUUGAAGUUAUGUAUAAAGAGUGCUAAUAAAUAUGCUGUGUAGUUGCUAUUUACCUGGUUAAGAGGCGCCUGUACAAAAGGCCUAUCGGAAACAGACGCACCAAAACCGGUUAGAAAGCAUCUACACUAUUUACAGGGUAUGCAGAGUCCACUUUGUUUAUAGGAUACAUCUGUCAUACAAAUGAACCAUAUCAGUCCGAGGAUCACGUACAUGCUCAGUUAAGCAUUAGUAAUACUGUGUCGACAACGUUAAGCUGGUUGUGGGGUGUCUGUCCAAAGGCCUGGUGUACUUGUACAAGGCCUGUGUGUAACAUAGGCAUCGCUUAAACAUGUCAACACAGUAUGUUCAAUGGUAAGACUUGCCUGGUAAAAUGCCUGAAAUAUCCAAAAUUAUGCUUUCAUUAACAUAUUACGACAUUUUGCCUGAGGUUUUACUUCUUAUCGAUAUUUGGUGGUUGGAAGACAGUGCUAAAAUGUACUAUUUGGAGUCCAAGAAAGACUUCUGGACCCAGGAGUGGAUGUCGGCCAAGGUUUCACUAGGCUUACUAGAUUAUGAAGUAUUUUGUUUUGAUCAUGUCCAAAAAUGAGUAAAAGCUUUUGUUCAGAAAUCUGGCAUCGUGAGGAAAUUUGGUAUCUGGUAUCAUUUCUUUAAACUACGACAUAAUCUGUAAACCAGGACUAGCGUCGGCUUAAUCUGUGUUGCUCAAGAAGUUUGUCUACAUGUACAAAGCUAGAAAUUGACAAGAUAAUGUUGUGUAACUUAAUCUAAUGCCAGACUGUCCGAAUCACUAAUUAUUAAAUAACUGUCAUAUUAAAACUAC